UUGGGGCCAAACAGUUCUCCGUACUCCGUAAUAACAAUACUGGGUGCUUCAACGCGGCUGCGCAUCUGGCUUCAGGGAGUGGAAAUUGUUGAUAGUCGUUUCUUCCAACAGCGACCAUCUACCCUCAUACUCUCAGCUCAUCAUCUACGCCACCUGAUGGCUAUUCAAUCACACCGUCUCUCGUCGUCGUCAUGAUGACUACAUGAUCACGUUGAUUCUGGUUGAAAUAAGUUGAUGCCAACAUGGCCGACGGGGGCACCCUCCACAAUGUACCGAUUGUUCUAGACAAUGGGAGUGGUACUAUUCGUGCAGGGUUCGCAGGCAACGACCUUCCUGGAGCAUAUUUCCCAUCCUACGUCGGUCGACCGAAGCAUGUCCGGGCGCUCGCUGGAGCUUUGGAAGGAGAUGUCUUCAUCGGGCCCAAGGCGCAGGAGUUGAGGGGCCUCCUCAAGAUCCGAUAUCCCUUGGAACAUGGAAUCGUCACGGACUGGGAUGAUAUGGAAAAGAUAUGGACAUAUGUCUACGAGCAAGAAUUGAAGACGCUGAGCGAGGAACACCCCGUGCUGUUGACCGAGCCCCCACUGAACCCGAGACAAAAUCGAGACACUGCAGCGCAGAUACUGUUCGAGCAGUUCAACGUCCCCGCCAUCUACAUGUCCAUCCAAGCAGUCCUCAGUCUUUACGCCAGCGGCCGAACCACUGGUAUCGUUCUCGACAGUGGUGACGGCGUCAGUCACGCGGUCCCCGUGUACGAGGGAUUCGCCAUCCCGAGUAGCAUUCGCAGGAUAGACGUGGCGGGACGGGAUGUGACGGAGCACAUGCAGCUUCUGUUGAGAAAGAAUGGCCACGUCUUCCACACCAGUGCAGAGAAGGAAAUUGUUCGCAUCAUGAAGGAGAAAACAGCCUACGUGGCUCUCGACCCCCGCAAGGAAGAGAAGGACUGGUCGCAGGGGAUCUGGAAGAGCGAGAAAAAGGAGAUUGAAUAUGUGCUGCCCGACGGUCAGAAGAUCAAGAUUGGGGCUGAAAGAUUUCGAGCGCCGGAAAUCCUGUUCGAACCUGAACUGAUUGGACUGGAGUAUCCUGGUGUUCACCAAAUGGUGGUCGAUGCCAUCAACAGAACGGACAUGGACCUUCGCAAGAGCCUGUUUGGCAAUGUCGUGCUGAGUGGUGGUACAACAUUGUGUAAAGGAUUCCCUGACCGACUAUUGUACGAAAUGCAACGGCUGGCGGUCAAGGACAUGCGCAUCAAGAUCUUUGCACCUCCGGAGCGGAAGUAUAGCACGUGGAUUGGUGGAAGUAUCCUGGCAGGGUUGAGCACGUUUAGAAAGAUGUGGGUCAGCAUCGACGAUUGGCAUGAGAACCCAGACAUCAUCCAUACCAAAUUCUCCUAGGCUGGCCUGAGCUGAACGUCAGGGGGAAGGGUCACGAGUGCGAUUGCAGACCGACAGAAGGACAUGACCAGGUUGAGGCCACCUUGGCUGAACCAAGAUUUUGGUCGAGCCGCACACGACUUGCCGGCAUCCGGAAACAGAACAGGUUGAUGGCGGCCCAAAAGCCUGAUCUAGAUGACAAGCUCUCGCUUUCUGAAGUCUGCUGAUCAACUCAAUAGAUCGGUCACGGCUGUCUUUCAAAAUUGCAUUAUGCGGGGAUGGGACAGUAGCCGAAAUCCGGGGUGGGAAGUCGGUCGAGUCGAGUUGUUCUUGGAAAUGUGGACAGCAGGACCUGUCAUUAUUGACGGCCAUGAAGGGAAAGAAGAGGCGCAGUUUGUCCGGGAAGUACUCGGAUGGGUACAGAGUACUCGUUUGAGCUACUCUGUAGAGUUCUUCGUACCUGAUUGCUUCGAGAGUCUGUUGGCAUACUACUGGUACUGUACCUCACCCUGACCUCCUCGUAGACUCCAGGGGCACGACACGUGUCGGAUGGGCUGGUUCAGGAACGAGCAUAGUUUGCUUCUCUGUUACGAGCAGAGUACAGCAGCAUUGGACGGAAUGCAGGGGAACAAGGCAGUUGAGAAACCCGUACGCAGUACCUGGUCAAGGUGUCAGAGAAAGAGGAGGUGAGAGGCAUGUUGUUUCUAUUACCCCCAGGAAACCUCAAUCCCCGCCUAGCAACAUGAUCGAUUACCCCAUAGUUUCUCACGGCAAGGCUCGGCAUGACUAAAG